GUGUGAUUUUUGUUAAAUAAAAAAAAAAAUUAUUUAAACAAUGAAAUUUGUGUGGUUCUUUAUAAUUAUUGGAUUAUUAGUGGUUGUUUCGGAUGCUAAACGUAAAAGGAAAUUUGAAGGUGAUUUUGAAUUUGCUGAUGAGGAUGAACCACGAAACACAAAGGCUGGUGAAAAGAAAAGAUGGAUUCAUGAUCCAAACAAUGAACGAUGUCAUUCAUUGAACUGUAAGAAAAAGGAAUUAUGUCUACUCGAAGAUGAUUUCACUGCCGUAUGUGUAUCCAAAAAGGAAUUACAUAAAAAUGGUGACAUCGUAAUACCAAAAGCUAAAUUAUUAGCUGAGGAAGAAGAGGCUAAGCGUCGUGCAGCCGCUGCACUUGAAGAUGACGACGACGAUGAUAUGGAUGAGGAUGAUGUAUUUUAUGAUGCUGAAGAAGAGGAUGUCGAUGAUCAAGAAGAAGAUGUUAAUGAAGAAUGUAAACCAUGUCCAGUAGUAAAACCAACAUUCCUUUGUGGUGCUGAUAACCAUACAUAUAGUUCAUUAUGUCGUUUAGAUUAUCACAAUUGUAUACAUCAUACAACGGUACGAGUUAAUUGUAAAGGAUUUUGUCCUUGUAAAGAUACUGAUAUUCAUUUACGUAAAAAACAACGACAACAAGAACGUUUAACAAAUUUUAUGAAUAAAUAUAAAGCAACAUUGGAUAAAAACAACAAUGCCGGUAACAAAGUAUCGCAACAAUUACAAAACGAUGCAAACACCAAUAAUAAUAAUAUUUUGGAUCGGGAUCGAUAUACAUUCACACCAGAAGAUUUCAAAUAUGAAAAUAAGCAUUAUAAAUAUAUCAAAUAUACAAAAUAUAAUAAGGAAUCAAAAUUGAACAACCCAACAUAUGCCGAAGAUAAGGAACGGCAACGUGGUUACAAUGAUGUAAUUGAUAAUAAAAUGCGUGAAAAACCAAUUGAAACUCGUAUACCAGCCACAACUGUUUGCCCACCAUCUUCAUUACAUGCUAUGGGUAAUCGUUUACUUGAUUGGUUUUCAGUAGUGAUGGCUGAUACAAGUCGUCGACGACGUGUACAUCCUAAACCAAAAGUAACACCAACCAAUUUAUAUCCAGCUGCAUGUAAACGUGAAGUACGAUGGAUGUUCCAACAUUUAGAUACGGAUGGUGAUGGAAAACUAUCAUUACAAGAAUUAUUUGAUUUAGAACAUGAUAAGAAUGAACAAUGUAUUAAACCAUUUGUAGAACAAUGCGACAAUGAUCAUAAUAAUUGGGUAACACCUAGAGAAUGGUGCCGAUGUUUUGAUAAAGCUGAUAGAUCAUGUGCAGCGGUUAAAAGUAGAAUUUCAACUGAUUCUUCAUCAGGUGUUUAUGUGCCUGACUGUGACAUUAAUGGAUACUAUAAACCUACACAAUGUCAUAGUAUUAUUGGAAUGUGUUGGUGUGUUGACAAACAUGGCGUGGAAUACGCAAAUACUCGUACCAGAGGAAAACCUAACUGUGAAUCAUUAAUUGAAAAAUCAACGAGCUUAUCUUCAAAAACACAGGAAGAGAAUAAUGAUGAUGAAGAUGGAAAUGAUGAUGUUGAACAAGAUAUAGAGGGAAGCGCAGAUCAACCAUUAGAUUUUUAAUUUUAAUUUUCCAUCCAGAUACUAUAAAUAAAUCGCAUUUACUAUUUAAGUCGCGAAUAAAAAGAUUGUGUAAAUUAUAAUCCUAUAACUGAAAUUUACAUUUAAAACAUAAAGGAGACACCGAAUAAUAUUUUACCAUUUUCAUUAUUUCCAAAAGCUCUGAAUGUACCUAAACAAAUAUUGAAAAUUAGAUUGUAGGCAAAACAGCUAUGUCGGCGUCCCUAGCCACAAAAAAAUACUUGUGUAAUUAAUUAACAUAUAUAAUUAAGCUGUUAUUGUUACCGAACUAACAAAAACGUUAGUUAAAAACACGAAUUUUUUAAUAUAUUAUGAUCCAACUAAUUCGAAAUCGUACAGUUCAAUUAUAUGUGUCUGACAAAUAAGUGUAAUAUUUUAGUCACGUAAAAAAUGCUUCGAUCUUUGGCUUUUGCUUUGAAGACAUACAUCUUACAAAGUCUUUUAAAAUUUGUAUAAAAAACAAACGGAUAUAUUUGAAUCUGUGAAUAUUUAUUAAAGUUUGGCGUAAAAAAACGGCUUUUGACACUAAUCAUAGAUACUAGCUGAGUAUUCAGAGUAUCAUUAUUUAUAAAAAAUAAAAAAAACUGUAAAUGUACUCCUUUUUUGGAACUUUGAAAGUGUACACAUACCUAUGUUUUAUGUAAUUUUCUGUUCAUGUGAAAAGCAAAAUAAAAUCAGCAUGGCUUGCUUAUCUUAUCCGUGUUUCUUAGGUAGACAUUCUGUUUUGCACUACAAUGGUAAUUCAUAUGCACAUUUUCAUUUUUUUUUUUUUAAUUUACAUAUUUUUAUUUUUUAUUUAGUGGCAUAAUUCACACACCUAGUUUUUUAUAACUAUGUUAUUAUGCCACUAAUAUCUAGAUCAUUUUUCAUCUCUAAGUAGUUUUUAUGUCAUGUUUAUGCAAUAUUUGUUUUUUAUUUAAAAUAUUCGAAAUAUUGCGCGCACGUGUUACCAACUUUCAUAUAGUUACAUCACUUGUUAGAUCAUAGAUAACGAAUCCUAAAUAAUACUUAAUAAAAUGGCGCAUAUACGAAUAUUUUAUUUAAAAAAAUGCUUAAUUAAUAUACGAAAAAUACGUGAUUGAAAUGAUACUUAAAACCAUUCCACUAGUAUUAAUUUUUUUAUACAUAAUGAAAAAUA